AUGCCCAGUGCGGGCCUGCACCUGGUGGCGCUGUGCGCUCGUGACCCGGAAAAACUUACCGAGUACGGAAAGGCCGCCGCCUGGUUUUAUUGCUCUGCGCUUUCUGGCGCCAAAUCGGAGCGCCAGAUCGUUGCCGCGGUUUGCCCGGGUUUUCUUGCGGGUUUAUUGGUGGGAGGGUUUGGGCUGACGACUGUGAGGACCAAACGCCAAAACUUGACACUUUGCCGUCUUCAGAUUUCUCGCCCCUGGCAGGCCUGUCCCUGUUGGUGUUUGGUGUGGUGUUGCUGGGUAACAUCCAGAGCCUUCUGCGAUCAAUUGAGUGGGCGCUUUCCUUUGGAGCAAGUGGCUGGCUUUCCUGGCCGGGCGCGUGCUUGCGUCGGGUCUACAGGUGCUGCCGCUUCUUCUCCUUUGGUAGUAGGUCCUCGAGUAGUAGCGUCGCCGGCGUCUUCUCCUUCUGCCUCGUCCAACUGACCAGCGCCGGCGAGUCUCCAAAAAGUACCGGGAUAAUUUCAACCACAGCAAGACCACGCCUGCGCCUUUUCUAGUCAAAACCCGGGCGCAAUCGCUUGGCGUCAAUCUUGAAGACGUCGAAAAUGUCAGCGGGAUCAUCUUCGAGGGCCAAGUGGCCCGCCGAUUUGCCGGCUGGCCUCGGCGGGGGAAGCCGCGAGGCAGUCGAGAGGCUGGCGAAGCACUGCCAGGCGCUCGGGGUGGACUUCGCGCGCCAGCAGGUCCACGAUAGGGGCAAGAGCCUCGCCAAAGACAGAGCCAAGGCGCUGAAGGCUGCGCGGGG